AUGGAUCGCACACGCAUUUCCACAAACCACUCAGCUGCACCAUCACCCUCGCCGGGUCUCCAGCAGGCCAAGCCCGAGAAAAUGAGAAAGAGACUCCAAAAGAACCCUUCCCGGCGGUCGGCCUCCAGUAACCUGUCGUUGAGUUUCAAGGCUGGUGCCAAUCCUGUGGUACAGCAGACGAUACAACCCAUCGCUUCGUCUCCCCGCGUGCCGCCAGAUCUGAGUGAUGCCAAAUGGCAAGAGUACCUACGGCGGAGUGGCAUGUUGGCGAUGGACUCAUCGUCACCGUUGCCAGGACUUAGUCCUCUUCAGGAACGAGCCGAUGCCAGCAACGUCGAGCAGACACCGACGAUCAUACCGGAAUUCAAACAUCUCGCUGUUAACAACACACCUCCUCGGCCGCUUCUUAAUAGCUUUGGUGUCAAUUCUCCGACCUCUUCAACUUCGACGGCUUCCAGUGUCAGGCGUCAGGCAAAGACCCCGGUCACGUCCAUCGGCCAGCUGGAGGCAGGCUCAUUCGGGCGGCACUCCACCGAAGCCAGCAAAGCCACGAGCGUUGACCUCAUCGCGGCCCAGUAUCAAGCUCUCCUCGAACCCAGUGAUACGGAUUCCAUAUACACGGACUGUUACUCGGACCCUCCGCCACGCUCCGAACGACGACUGACAUCGUCGGGAACGAGGCGGCAACACAGCUCGGAGGAAGUCCCACCGCAGAAUGCCAUUGCCGUCCCACCAACGCGUCGAAACACACAGGCCCAUUCGCCCACCUCGGACGACGGCACUCUGGUCGGCUUUGACGAGGAGGCGAUCUACUUUAAGCCCUUGUCAUUCUCGCCAGGACCGCCUUCCGUACUGCACCAUCGAGUGUCGACAAUGUUGCGACGAUCCGUGCCGCAAGGGAACUUUGGGCUUCAGCUUUGCGUCGACCUCUUGACACGUGAGCUGGCGACAGCCAUGCUUGAUCGCCCUGGAGGCAGCCCCGACGCACCUGCGCUGCAAAUCCUCGUCAUGAUUGAGGCUUAUGAGAGGUUGCGCAACCAGGUGCUCGAGAUGGGCUUACAACACGACGAGCUCCAGGGUGUCGAAACCAUGUUCGACACAUGGCUAGGCGCAUUGUAUUCCCUUCAUGAUUCCCUGUCUGGGGAGUCUUGGUCCCGAAGCGAUACCUCGUCUUUGCCUUAA